CAUGGAGCAGGCCCCGGGUCCGCUCCCCGCCGCGCCGCCGCCCUCCCCGUCCUUCGCCGAGGUGCUGCGGCUGGUGCAGAGCGGGCAGGAGCCGCCGGGGGUGCGGCGGCCCCGGGCCUCGCCCACCGGGGACACCCCCACCGCCUCCCGCCUGCCGCCGCCCGCCAAGCCCUGGGAAGGGCGCCCCGCGGAGCCCGCCCUCACCCGCGGCCCCCAGCACGGCUCGGCACACAGCUGCAGCCAGCGCUCAGAGAACGAAGAACCCGCACCGCUCUCAACGCAGCAGCCUGGUGGGAGCAGUGAUAUUGCUUGAUUUCCUUAUGCCUGGUGCCCGUGAUCCUUUAGGAAGUGCAAAUGAACUUCAGCAGAGCUGUGUUGCCUCACCACACAGCUCAGCGACCGCCCCGUCGCAAUACCAACACCAAAUUAAUCUUGCAAACGUUGAAGAACCUGAGAACUGACUUAACACUUGAAA